UCGCGCCGGACUCGACACGUGAUAGUGGCGUUUAAAUAUAAUCCUAAAACUGUAUCGUUUCGUGUACACUAUCUAGUUUCGUAGUGAUAUUAUAUUAGAGAAGUGUUGAAUUUAGGUGUAAACGUGUGUGGUUAUGUGGCGGCGAGUGAUAUGACAUCUUGCACCGCCAGACGGACUCCGGCCGUCUUCAUGAGGAUACUGGCGACAAGUUUGGCCCCGAGAUCAUGGUGGCUCCCGAUUCCGAGGCUACUUCGAAUCCUCGGAUAGCGGCUGUACACGAGAGUCCCUCUGCCGCUGAGGCGCGCCACAGCGCUGAUUUAUAUAUACGUACCAGCUGGGUUGACGCAGCUUUAGCCCUCUCUGAACUUGAAAAGGGCAAUAUCGAAGGAGGGAGGUCGUCGCUGUGGAUACGGGCGUGGUUGCAGGAGCAGCUAUUUAUUUUGGGUUGUUUCCUCCAAGGCGACGCGGGGAAAGUAUUAUUCGUCGCAACACUAGUCCUUUCCACGUUUUGUGUCGGUCUCAAGUCAGCACAAAUUCACACAAGAGUCGACCAACUCUGGGUUCAAGAGGGUGGCCGAUUAGAGUCGGAACUAAAAUAUACAGCUCAGGCAUUGGGCGAAGCAGAUUCCUCUACGCAUCAGCUGAUUAUUCAGACAGCCAAAGAUCCAGACGUGUCGUUAUUACAUCCUGGAGCUUUACUUGAACACUUAAAGAUAGUGCACGCCGCAACUCGAGUGACGGUGCAUAUGUAUGAGAUCGAAUGGCGGCUCAAGGACCUGUGCUACAGCCCCAGCAUCCCGGACUUCGAGGGGUACCAUCACAUCGAAUCAAUCAUCGACAACGUCAUUCCAUGCGCCAUUAUAACGCCCCUCGACUGCUUCUGGGAGGGGUCCAAGUUGCUGGGACCAGAUUACCCAAUUUUUGUACCUCACCUGAAGCACAACAAAUUACAAUGGACACAUUUAAACCCUCUCGAAGUGAUAGAAGAAGUGAAGAAGUUAAAGUUCCAAUUUCCCUUGAGCACGAUGGAAGCUUACAUGAAGCGAGCUGGCAUAACGUCCGCCUACAUGAAGAAGCCGUGUCUGGAUCCCACCGACCCUCACUGCCCAGCCACAGCUCCCAACAAAAAGUCUGGACACAUUCCAGAUGUCGCAGCCGAGCUAUCGCACGGUUGUUACGGAUUCGCGGCAUCGUACAUGCACUGGCCGGAACAAUUGAUAGUCGGUGGUGCGACCAGAAAUUCAACAUCAGCCUUACGAAGCGCCAAAGCUCUACAGACCGUAGUACAGUUGAUGGGCGAACGAGAAAUGUACGAAUACUGGGCGGAUCAUUACAAAGUACAUCAAAUCGGCUGGAAUCAAGAGAAGGCCGCCGCUGUUCUUGAUGCGUGGCAGAGGAAGUUCUCAGCGGAGGUCAGAAAAACAACGACAUCAGGACAAGUAUCAGCGGCUUACAGCUUUUAUCCGUUCUCGACUUCAACCCUGAAUGACAUUCUUGGCAAAUUCUCAGAAGUUUCUUUAAGAAACAUUGUUUUGGGAUACAUGUUUAUGUUGAUGUAUGUGGCUGUGACGCUGAUACAAUGGCGAGACCCCAUUCGAUCACAGGCUGGUGUCGGUAUAGCAGGAGUGUUACUACUAUCAAUUACUAUUGCAGCGGGCUUAGGAUUUUGCGCUUUGUUAGGAAUACCUUUCAAUGCUUCGAGUACACAAAUUGUGCCUUUCCUAGCACUAGGCUUAGGAGUACAAGACAUGUUCCUAUUAACCCAUACAUACGUAGAACAAUCUGGAGAUGUUCCUAGAGAAGAAAGGACCGGUUUAGUACUAAAGAAGAGUGGUUUGAGCGUCCUUUUGGCAUCCCUGUGCAAUGUGAUGGCAUUUUUGGCUGCGGCUCUCUUACCAAUUCCAGCGUUCAGAGUAUUUUGCUUACAGGCUGCCAUACUCCUCCUAUUCACCUUGGGAUCCAUGCUUUUGGUAUUUCCUGCUAUGAUAUCACUUGACUUGAGAAGAAGAUCAGCUGCUAGAGCAGACUUAUUAUGUUGCUUAUUACCUGAAAGUCCACUGCCGAGAAAGAAACUUCCAGAACGUAAGGGGAGAAACGGAAGAAACGAAAAGAAUAGGGCCGAUAUCUCGCAUCAACCAUUGGAUCCUGAGGUUACAGAAGAGGCAAAGAGAUGCUGUCUCAGCAUUUCACUCACCAAAUGGACCAAAAAUCACUACGCCCCGUUCAUCAUGAGACCUUCGGUUAAAGUGACUUCAAUGCUAGCCCUAAUAGCUGUGAUUCUAGUUAGUGUAUGGGGAGCUACAAAAGUAAAGGAUGGAUUAGAUUUGACCGACAUUGUACCUGAGAACACCGAUGAACACGAAUUUUUGUCGCGACAAGAGAAAUAUUUCGGAUUUUACAACAUGUACGCGGUCACACAAGGAGACUUCGAAUAUCCCACCAAUCAGAAGUUGCUUUACGAAUAUCACGAACAAUUUGUUAGAAUACCGAAUAUAAUAAAAAACGACAAUGGUGGCCUUCCGAAGUUCUGGCUGACUCUCUUCCGCGAGUGGCUUUUGGACUUACAAACGGCAUUUGAUAAAGAAGUCGCUAACGGCUGCAUCACCCAAGAAUAUUGGUGCAAGAAUGCGAGUGACGAAGGCAUAUUGGCGUACAAGCUGAUGGUACAAACCGGGCACGUCGACAAUCCCAUUGAUAAAUCGUUGAUAAAUUCUGGUCAUCGCUUGGUUGAUAAAGAUGACAUUAUCAACCCAAAAGCCUUUUACAACUAUUUGUCUGCUUGGGCCACGAAUGAUGCGUUGGCAUAUGGCGCAUCUCAAGGCAACUUAAAACCCCAACCUCAGAGAUGGAUACAUUCGCCCGAGGACGUGCAUUUGGAAAUUAAGAAGUCUUCUCCUUUGAUAUACACUCAACUACCCUUUUACUUGUCUGGAUUGAGCGAUACGGAUAGUAUUACAACUCUGAUUACAUCUGUGAGAGAGUUGUGUUUGAAGUAUGAAGCUAAGGGAUUGCCCAACUUUCCUUCCGGAAUACCGUUCUUGUUUUGGGAGCAGUACCUGUAUUUGCGGACAUCGCUUUUAUUGGCUCUUGCUUGCGCAUUGGCUGCUGUAUUUAUCUGCGUGAUGAUAGUGGUGUUAAACGCGUGGGCGGCACUGCUAGUGACGGUAUCUUUGGGUGCGUUGGUACUGCAGCUGGUGGGAGCAAUGUCUUUGCUUGGAGUGAAGCUCUCUGCGAUGCCCGCAGUACUUCUGGUCCUAGCUAUUGGCAGGGGGGUGCACUUUACACUACAUUUGUGUCUGGGUUUCGUUACGUCGAUCGGUUGUAAACGACGUCGGGCCAGCUUGGCUUUAGAAAGUGUAUUAGCACCGGUAGUACAUGGCGCUGUGGCUGCAGCCCUGGCCGCUUCAAUGCUUGCUGCCAGUGACUUUGGAUUCGUAGCCAGGCUGUUUUUAAGACUCUUGCUAGCCAUGGUCGUAUUGGGCUUGGUGGAUGGACUUCUCUUUUUCCCAAUCAUUCUAUCCAUACUGGGACCAGCUGCUGAGGUCCGUCCACUGGAGCAUCCAGAACGUCUUUCGACCCCGUCACCAAAAUGCUCUCCUGUACAUCCUCGCAAGUUCAGCUCAAGCUCAAGUGGCGGUGACAAAUCCAGCAGAACCAAAUCGGCCCCGAGGCCUUCAGCUCCAUCUCUUACCACCAUCACUGAAGAGCCUUCGAGUUGGCACAGUUCGGCACAUUCAGUGCAGUCAUCAAUGCAGUCGAUAGUCGUACAGCCAGAAGUGGUGGUUGAAACCACAACAUACAACGGAAGCGAUUCAGCAUCCGGCCGGUCUACUCCGACUUCCAAGUCCUCUCAUGCUGGAUCUAUUACGACGAAGGUAACUGCAACAGCCAACAUAAAAGUUGAAGUUGUGACACCGAGCGAUAGAAAAUCUAGAAGAUCUUACCACUACUAUGAUCGUCGUAGAGACCGGGACGACGAUAGAGACAGAGAUAGAGAUCGGGAUCGCGAGAGGGAUAGAGAUAGAGAUCGCGACCGAGACAGAGACAGAGAGAGGGAGAGAGAUAGGGAUCGUUCACGUGAACGAGAUAGGCGGGAUAGAUAUAGGGAUGAGAGAGAUCAUCGCGCCUCUCCUAGAGAAAAUGGAAGGGAUUCUGGGCACGAGAGCGAUUCAUCGAGACAUUGAGUUUAGAAUUAGAAUCUAAAGUGAACUGUGUGUUAUCGGACUUAUGCGGAACUAAUUAACCUACAGUUAUUUAUUCCAUGUUAACGGCAUCUUUACCUGAAGUAAUAGAUAUUUACCCUUAUGACAAUAGUAAAGAAAGUUAAAUUUUAUCACAUAAGUUAAGAUGACUACUUGACACGCUUGAAUAUGUAAUAUAUCGAAAAAAUCACGUCGAUAAUUGAGAUAUAAAACCCGCCUGACGCCGAAUUGUGUGAAAAUGUUAAGUUUGGCCAUUUUGUUAAGUAUAGCAAGGAAUUCUCCUCCUUAAUGCAACAUAAGUGCAGGCUAUAUAGCUCUAUUAAAUUCAGACAUGUUUUACAGGAAACUAAUUCUCACAUAUGUCAAAACUCAUGGCUAUUUGAGAGAUAAGAGAAUCAGAAACCGCCUAAGAUCAGAGAUAAAGUCUAAGGGAGUGCGAAUUAGUCUCCCGUAUGUCAAAAUCCAGUAUACGUUUGACAUACGGGAGUAAUACUUAGCAUUAAGUCUCGACUCUUAAUCUUAGAGUUAAUACGGAUUGGCUUUUCUAUCUGUGAAAAUCCAAAGAUGACAGUGCUAGUUCUCAAAUAAUAAAAAUCUCGAAUGUCACGGUUAAACUUCUCUUGGUAUGCGCCAAUAACUAGUUUCAGAAUCUCAUUUUGAUGAUCUGUGGGAUUUCCAAUCAUUCCAAAACAAGACUAGUUGAAUAACACUUUCAGCUAUUAUUUGAAUAAGGUCACAUUACCACCUAUCUAACGAUAUCUUCUAUUCUGUCCAUACAAGAAAGAAUGGGUUGCGAUGUUUAAGAAGGAAUUACAGCAACUUGAAUUUUAUAAAGCCAGCGGCUACCAUCAAAAGUAAUUCUAUAACUCUUUGUCCUAACAGUUUUAUAAUAUAAACUCCAGGUGGGUUAUACCAAAUAAUUGCUUAAAAUUGUGUUCCUAUUGAAACAUUUCCAAUAUCAAUCGUUUAUAUGCGUCUUAAGACUGCUAAUUAUUUAUCAUAUUAUUUAUUCUGUCUAUAAUUAAUUACACCACAAAUCUGUGAAUCAGAUGUAUUGUACAAAUUACUUAAGUUUGUAUAGUUAAGGUAAUAUUUAUGAGAUUACUAAGAUUAUUUAGCUGUAUUGUGAUCUUAGCUCACGUGUACGUUAAAGACUGCGUUAGAGAUCGUUAGAGCGUACAAGAUUCAUCGAAUUGACAAAAACAUUGAAUAUAUCUCAGAUGGAGCCGAAUUUUAAAGAAUUGUAUUAGAACACUUAUUGGAUACAGAAUGCCCUACAUUAUCUCGUCCUAUAGAGCCUGUUUCAAGAUUAGCCUCCGUGGAGCUUGAAUUAUUAUUCUUUUCCAACUAUAAACUUUAAAUAAUGGACAAGGUAAAAUAUUGCUUAAUUUUGUACGUGAGGUGUAUCAGUUGACGGGGAUUUAAAAUAGAACCCUCAGUCAGUGAAAUAAUAUUUUUUUAAAAUAAAUUUGGAACCUCAUGUUUGGUGAUAAACGGGAUAGAUUUCGUGAAUUCGAUGACACUUGUACUAACCCCAGAGUGUUAACCAUUAUUAAUUAAGCAGCGUAUUGGUUUACUUAUUUAUUGGAAGUACGUACUUAAUUUUACAGCAAGUAUAAAUCACUAAUAUAAUCUGUUAAUAAAUAAGUUUAUUUCAACAUUUAAAGGAUUUAUUAUAUUUUUCGUCAACCGCGAAUGGGAUUAGGUUUUCCAACAAAUCUUGAAUACGCUGCUGUUAACAAAGUUCUUGUAGCAAUGACUGCUAGUAUUUUGCAUAUAGAACCCGGACAUAAUAAUUGAAUUGAUAUUAAGGUUGAUGUAGAUCUGAAUGAACGUCGCGUUGUGACCAAGUGCAGAAGUACUUAUUAGGUAUAUUAAUUUAUCUUUAUUGUAACUUAGUCGUGUAAAUAUAGUUUAAGUAUACAUUGUAACGCACAAAUGUAAUUAUUAACUGGGCAGAAUGUUUACAACAGUUUUAAAAAAUAUACAUUAGGUUUUACAUUUUUCGAUCGUAUGCUGAUGGAGAAACUAUUUUUAUAUUCAAAUUGUCUCACGCUUUCAAUAUUUUUGAAGUUUAUAUUUAUGAGAGAAGUACCAUUUUUGUAACACAAAUAUUAAUGAUUAUAAAUUGUUAUAUAAUGUAUUGGGAAAAUAAAUAUUUUAUAUACAUA